CGAACCUCGAUGUAGAAAUGUAUCCGCCAUAGAUUCGCAUGGAAACAUGCACUUGGUGCAACUUUUCCUUGAGCAUUUCGAGAAAGGUUGAAAACCACGCUUUUCAUGUGAAAGAGGUGGCUGAACCUCGCAAUGGCGCAUGCCUUUGGGCCAGAGCAGGUACCAAAACUGUUGAAAGCAGCGGAGUCGCAGAAUGGAGAGAUGAGGAUAAGUCUGUUGAGAACUGCUGUGGCUUUGGAUCCUUUGGACACAUUGGGACACCACCAAGAGAUCAUCUUGAAACGUGGCAAGAUAAACAUCUCAUUGAUUUCUUGUGUGCGUGAGAAGACGAGGAUAUCCAAAGGUGACAGCAUGGACGAAUACUGGCACCCUUUUGGCAACACUCCUGCCAUCAAUUUGUUGAAACAUCAUCAAGACCAGCCAGUUGCUUCCGUGUUGUCAGUCGCGAGUGGGGAUCUCCGGCACGUUCUUUACACAUGUAGCCAGCUGAAAGCUGCAACAAAGCAGUUCCAAGAGGUUGAAUUCUUCCUGAAUGACAGUGACCCCCGCGUCGUGGCCCGAAACGUGCUGUUUGCACUGUUGCUGGAUGGCGCAACAUUUCAACACAGUUCCAAGGAUAGCAUUGAACUGGUGAUUGCCUUGUGGUACUCGGCUAGAAUCAGUCAGGAGCAUGCCAGCAUGCUGCGGGCUGCACUUGACACUCUGUUGGAGAGGAUGGUGGUGGGUGCCCCAUGGUCAUGUGGCAACGUGAAACUAGAUGCAGAAUCAACCUCAUUGGUGUGUGAGACCCUUCAGUACUGGCGCCAGUUGCCUCCCGGGACUGAACCUCAGUGGCUUGAGAAAUCCAAAACCUCUUGCAUGAAAGUGGACUGUUGUAGGCUGCUUGGCAGGUGGAAUUCCUGCACUCAGCAGUACUUCCGGACCAAAACCUUGCAAAAAUGUGAGGCGAAGAUCAGGAAUUUGACAUGGAAUCCCACCAUGUGUCAUCCUGAGAAGGCAGUGCAUCCAGGCAGCUUGCCAUUCCGCGGUUAUUUCUUGCAAGAUCUGACCCAAGAGAGCAGGCAUCUUCCAGACAAAGGGCACCAGGUUUGCUUGGGCCAAAAGAUGCUGGGGAUGCUUCGCUCAAUGCUAGGAGAGGUCGUUCCACUGAAAGCAUCCUUUCAGUUCCAUGUUGGGGAUGUGAUGAAGUUCCAAUGUCAGAUGCCCUUUGAUGUGAUUCUCACCUCAAACCUGGCGGACUAUAAGGGUUUCCCCAUGAUCUUGGACCACUUUGCUCGGCUACUGCGAAACGAGAGAUCCUCACUGAUUACAGAAUUCAUGAACUGGAGGGAAUCUCACUUUCGUCCGACAUCGAGCUUGGAAGUGCAAAGGGUAGCUUCCGGGGCUCAUUCCUUUUGUGACCGUGCGUUGAGAUUCUCUGCUCACUUUCCUUCACCGGAACUACCCUUCUCUAAGAUGUUUGAUAGUCUCGUCCUUCGUGAACUCCUUCACAAUGUGGAAUUUAUCUCACCGAAGAGCGCAUUGAGCUGCGAAUUGCAACAGCUCCAUUUUGGAAUCAACCAGAUUUCAGCGACUGGGGUAUUUAUUGUUUCAGCAUGGGAAGAAGAUCACAUAUUGGAGGUGCUGAAGAAAUUCAGACCAAUUUGCCAAGAGGUCUCAUUGGCUCGAUGGGGAGUUGCUCGAAAAAUGUCCGGCGCAUUGUUUCCACAAAGCUACUCAGCAGCAGACUGCUUAUGGGCCAGCGGCUAUGAACAAACUGUGGAGUGGUCCAUUCCCAAGUGUUGCCGUGAGGGUUGUGGUGCUUCGUCGGAGAGCAGCAAGCGCUGUGGAGGCUGCCAGAAGGUUUGGUAUUGUAGCGUUAGCUGCCAAAGAGAAGCGUGGCCAACGCACAAACUCUUCUGCAAGUGUGAGCUUAAGGCUUGUGGGUAGAAUAAAAGAAUGAACGAGGGUCAUUAAACUCCUUCAUGACAGCAACGCCCCGCAAAGACUGUCUAAAGCCCAGUAAGGCCCUAGUACCUGAAUGGCCGCC